UUUCAUAAUACUCUAAUGGGAAGUAAAGUAGCUUCAAGAUAGAAUGAGUAGCAAGAUUUUCAAAUAAAAAAAGAGGAGAGUUAAGUAUAGACUGACAGAUCGAACUAGUAUAGUUUUAUUACCCAAAAGGAUGUAAGAAUUAAUACAAUUCCAGAUCAAGGAGGCAAUAGUUCAAAUCAAUCUAAUUAGAAGGAUUCUCAAAAUAACAAUUUAGUACAAUCUCACGGAAGUUCCCAUAAUAUUUAAGAAUAGCAAGUAUAAAAGGAAGAUGAUAUUAAAAAUAACGAGUAAAAUUAGACUAAUAAUUGGGAACCUAAAGGAAGUCAACUUUUUGGUCCAGCCCCAGUUUUUAAUUAAGAAAAUACAUAGCAUAAUUAAAGAGCAUUGUUUAGUAUCUAAGAGUUUUAUGACCCUUGGCUAAAAAACAGGUUGGGAUAAUUUGGGUAAUAUCAACCUCCCGAAAAAUUUGAAGAUUUAGAAUCAAUAAAGGUAGAUGUAGCAGAUCUACCUGAUGGUUCAAAAUAUGAGGGAUUUAUGAAGAAUGGAAAAAUGCAUGGUUAUGGAAUUCAUUUAUUAAAAAAUGAACUAUUUGAAGGCAGUUUUUAAGAUGGGAUAAGGAAAGGAUGGGGAAGAAGCAUAACUGAAGACACUCUAAAAUCCGGAUUUUGGGACAAGGAUGAAAUAGAAAAAAAAAUGAUAUUGUAGACAUAAGAUGUAUACUAUUAAGGAGAAUGCUCGAAAUCGAUCCCAAAUGGAAAAGGAGUAUUAAAAAAAACUACUAUUAAUUACGAAGGGGAUUUUAUUAAAGGAAGGAUGCAUGGAAAAGGAGUAUUUGAAGAUAAUUAAUAAAGAAUAAAGUAUGAAGGGGAAUUUGCAUUGGAUAAAUUUAAUGGACAUGGAACAUUUUAGUUUCCCAGUGGUAAAAAAUAUGUUGGUCAAUUUAAGAAUUCUUAGUUCAAUGGUUAAGGUGAGAUGUUUUGGCCAAACAAAAGUUAUUACAAAGGUCAAUUUGUAGAUGGCUUAUAUGAAGGUUGGGGAUACUAUUUAGAUGAAGAAAAGACAAUAUAUGAUGGAUAAUGGAAGAAAGGCAAAAAGAAUGGCAAAGGAAAGUUAACUAGUAAAAAUAUAGAGGUGUAAGGAAUUUGGGAAAAUGAUAUCUUUAAAGAAAAUGAAUGA